CCUACAAGAGAGACAGAGAGUUAGGUAGUAUAGAAGCUAAUAGAGAUAUUAGGGAUAUAAAAAUUUGUAUUAUAGAUAUAGAGGAGGUAGUAAUACAUAGAGUAGUAAAAGAUAAAAAGAUACAA